AAAACAAGCCGAGCCCAUAAACACAGCCACGUGGCCCCGCGCCGGGGGCCGGGCUAAGCGGGCGGCUCUUCCGGCAACAAAGCCGCAGCCAGCCGGCGGCCCGGAUAAAUAGCGCGGCCGGGACCGCGCGCCGCAGUCCGCCAGCCCCGCGACCCUCCCCGGCUGCAGCGCCCCGCGCCCUCCGCCCGCGCCUGCACCCCGCUCCGCUCCGCACCCCGACACCCGCCUUCCGCGACCCCGGUCCCUGCAGCCCGGUCCCCGCGGCGGAUCCCCCGCACCCCGAGCGCCCAGAUCCGCCCGGGCGGCGCGAACCCGAGGCCGCGGGCCGGUGCGGCCCCCGGGCUGCCGCGCGGGGCCAUGCCGUUCCUCGGGCAGGACUGGCGGUCCCCCGGGCAGAGCUGGGUGAAGACGGCCGACGGCUGGAAGCGCUUCCUGGACGAGAAGAGCGGCGGCUUCGUGAGCGACCUCAGCAGCUACUGCAACAAGGAAGUCUACAACAAGGAGAAUCUUUUCAACAGCCUCAACUAUGACGUGGCGGCCAAGAAGAGAAAGAAGGACAUGCUGAACUGCAAAACCAAAACUCAGUAUUUUCACCAAGAAAAAUGGAUCUAUGUUCACAAAGGAAGUACUAAAGAGCGCCACGGUUAUUGCACGUUGGGGGAAGCUUUCAACAGGCUGGACUUCUCCACCGCCAUCCUGGACUCCAGGAGAUUUAACUACGUCGUCCGGCUGUUGGAGCUGAUAGCGAAGUCACAGCUCACGUCCCUGAGUGGCAUUGCCCAGAAGAACUUCAUGAACAUUUUGGAAAAAGUGGUACUGAAAGUCCUUGAAGACCAGCAGAACAUUAGACUAAUCAGGGAACUGCUCCAGACCCUCUACACGUCCUUGUGCACGCUGGUGCAGAGGGUCGGCAAGUGCGUGCUGGUCGGGAACAUCAACAUGUGGGUGUACCGGAUGGAGACGAUCCUGCACUGGCAGCAGCAGCUGAACAACAUUCAGAUCACCAGGCCUGCCUUCAAAGGCCUCACGUUCACCGACCUGCCUCUGUGCCUGCAACUGAACAUCAUGCAGAGGCUGAGCGACGGGCGCGACCUGGUCAGCCUGGGCCUGGUGGGCCCCAACCUGCACGUGCUCAGCGAGGACCGGCUGCUGUGGAAGAGGCUCUGCCUGUACCACUUCUCUGAGCGGCAGAUCCGCAAGCGGUUGAUCCUGUCGGACAAAGGACAGCUGGAUUGGAAGAGGAUGUAUUUUAAACUCGUGCGAUGCUACCCACGGAAAGAGCAGUACGGAGACACCCUACAGCUUUGCAAACACUGUCACAUUCUUUCCUGGAAGGGCACCGACCACCCAUGCACAGCCAACAACCCCGAGAGCUGCUCCGUGUCCCUCUCUCCCCAGGACUUUAUCAACUUGUUCAAGUUCUGAAUCACAGCCCUGCCAGCACUUCCAGAGGGCUCCCCACUGAGUGGGUGCUGGGAAUACAGAGUCUGGACCCUUCGUUUGUAAAUAGUGUACAUGUUCAACAUUGGCUCGAAGCUUCUGAGAUGGAGUCACGGAGAGGACUUUGGAGGGGAGAGAGACAGUCCCUGGCUGGGAACUUAAGAACAUGGACUCCUCGUUAGAAUUGGUAUGGAAAGCAGAAAUACUGUAAAUAAACUUUAUCUUCCCUAACCAUUUGCCAGCAAGACUCUAAGGGCAGGAGUUCCGUGGCUUUGGUGAAAGUGGAAUUCUCUUGAUGGUCACGGGAACUCCUGUAGGUAGAGUUCCUCAGAGAUGGCGGAAGAAGAGGGCAGAAAGAACACGCUUUGUUUACAAUGUGAAAAUGUGUUUAAAAAAAGAAAGAAGAAAAAACUGCAGAUGAGAAAUCCCCGGGCUUUGGGGUUAGAUUUUGGGUUAGCUCUGAAGAGGCAACGGAAGUCCCACCCAUCGUAACCCCCCACGGGCACCUGCUAGGGCCUUAUCUAUGAAGAUAUCACACAAUAGUCUACCUCGGAAAGCAUACCGCGAUCUCUCUGACACCGUGCGCCGUCCAGUAGGCAGUGUCUGUUCGUCUCGUUUUCUCAUCCGAUAAAAAGUGAUUGGAAAUGGGCAGGGGUCUUGGAGACAAUCCUCACAAUGCUCCUUGGGAGGGAGGGGGAAGGGGCAGUCUUCAGAGUUGCCUCUCUCCUAGAACCACCUCAGAACACGCAGGCCUUUCAUCCUUUUGUGUCAUAGCUCGUUCAGGGCAACAGAGGGCCAGUGAAAAACCAGCCCAGAGGAUGUCCCAUCACAGAAAAGGUAGAAUCAGUCGCUCCCUGCUGUGAAGGCUUUCUGAUUCCUGUUUAAUUUCUCGGCAUGUCUGCUUCCUGGGGCAUCUUCUCAGAUAAGCCUCAGCGUAUCUCUGGGGACUGGUUGGAGCCAGAGGGCUGAUAAAGCCUGUGAAGCAGGAUUGACGUGUCAGCGAAUGCCUUCCUCUUGAAGGGUGAUGAGCCGAGGAGCUUUCUUUCCGUUACACCCCACGUCUAAAUGUGGUCGACCUGAGCGAGGGCUUCUGGCAGGAGGAUAAAAAAAAGCCUGGAGUUCCAGCCAAAUAGGGAACAGAGAUGCUUAGGGUUCAACCUACACAUGCUUUGGUCUUGCUAGGCCAAUGCCAGUAGGUAACUGCGUGGGAGAAAAGUCUCAGGAUGUCAUGAGUUCGUUAUCAGAUAUUCCUGGGAUAGGGUGGGGAGUGUUUUUGUUUUUUACUUUUUAUAGAACUUUGCUUUUCUACAAUAAUGUACAUAUUUUUGCCAUUGUAUUUGCUUUGCCUUUAUUUUAUUUUUAUUUUUUUUUGUAAAUAAAGUUGCCACCCUGCAUGUGCUUGGAAAAUAAGUGAAGCAAAAUAGGAACUUGGUUCACAUUCACUCUGAGAAUCAGCGAAUCCUUAGGAGUUGAACUUGGGGUGACCUGAGCGGGGAAAGAUGACUAGGCAUGUACAGAAGCAAGCCCGGGACCAGCGAGUGAUGCAGGGCCAUCGCAUGCCCUUCCCUCAACAUGCAACACAUGUUACCAGCAUUUGGGAGAGAAGCCAGUUGUUAAUUGAUGCUCCUCACUUUGCAACGUUUAUGCCCACACCAGGGUUUCUCAGUACUUUUUUCGUGAUCACUCUCCAAGAAGAAAAAAUUAAAUUGAAUUUAAAUUCUCCUUAAUGAGAAAAAUUAAACAUUAAACAAAAUCUUAUUGGGCGAUAUUGAGUUCUGGAGUGGCACAAACCAUUGUAAAACCGAGAGGUAUUGCUUGCUCUCCCUUCUCCGCUGAGUCAAGGUCACACUGAGAAUGCAGGGUCUACACUGAGGAACUUAAGAGCUUCCAUAAUUUGGACAGCUUUUCUCAAAUGUCUCGGCUUCCUUAAAGAUGCAGGGUCAGAGCUUUGGAACCUUUGACUGUCUAUAAUUUUAGGGUUAGGUGUUCAUGCCCUACUUGUGACCUCUGACCCUUCAUGUUGAUUGAGGAGGUGGCAGCUGUUGGGCAACUUCAGGUUUACAGUCCCAGAAAUGUCACCUGCUCUGGAUCCCAGCACUAAGCUGGCGAACCAGCCUCCGGGGGACUGUCCACAAUGCUUAUGCUUGCUCAAGGCAAGGUGCAUGGGUGCAAGGCAACCCCUACCACAAGUGACACGGAAAUGGUUUUCUGAGAUGUUUGCCUAGAAAGUGUCUCUGGGCUCUCCCAUCUCUGGCGUCACUGGAGGUGGUGUGUGACAGUCAAGAGGAAAUUUUUAAGGAAAAAAAGGAGAACGCGACAUUCGUGGUUCUCUUUCAGUGGAAGAGGAGAAUAAAAAGGAAAUGGCAGGUGCAGAGGGAGAGGGAAAGGAAUAGAAAUGGCAUCUCUUGGAAGCUGUGGUUUGUGUGAGGGCAAUGGAAUGAGCAUAGCUGUCACAGAGCAUGUGUUGACAGCAUGAAGCGUGGUCAGAGCCUCACAUGUAAGCAAAGUGAGAUUAAAAGAACAUUCGUGUUCCCUGGGCACUAAUCAUCUACAGAAUGUCUAGGCAAACCCUCCUAGGACAACCCCACCUAAAA